GUGAGAGCUCUGUAAAAAACCCUUAUUUUAAGUGCCUACAGCCUGGGAGGUGAGUGAGGAGCUGGUGGUGGCUCUGAGGAGGUGGCCGGUGCCGGGGCGGGCAGGAGCUGCAGGGAUGUGCCGGGGCAGAGCCUGACUCUUCCCAGCUGUCUGGAGAAAGGCAGGAGGAGAAGAGAGAUUGCACCGAGACAAAAACCUCCCAGGAGUGGGAGGAGAAAUGCUGAAAGAAAACCGAAUUUCACAACCCCCAGAGGAGCAGGGGCGAGAGCCGCAGCCACCGGCCCCGGGCACGUCCUUCCCACGAGCCUCGGAGAAGGGAGAGCGGCGGCCGGGGAGACGCGGCUGAGGGGCGCCGGGAGCACGGCACGCGCGGCUUUCGGAGGGGACGCCGGCAAGCGCGUCUGUGUAACGCCACGCGCGGGAAAGGGGUGGGCGGGCGAGCGUCUCCGUCGGCAAACGAGCUGGAGAGCACCUAACCCCCCACUGAAGGUUUUGAUUUAAGCCCAGAGGAGCGUUCGGUUCCCAGCUACGCCAUGACAGCGUAGGCAGGUGGCAAGAGAUGGAUCGCUUCACCGAGUGCGGGACCCAGACGGACGCGGUGGUGGUGCUGUCCCUGGCACAGGCUGCGGUUUUGGGCUUGGUGUCUGAGAAUGAGCUGCUCGGGGCCACCGUCAGCCCCGCCAGCUUCUUCCCGGGACCGGGAGGGGAGCUGCCGGAUGCCGCCGCGGUGGAGCCCGGGGAGCCGGAGGGCGAGUGCCAGCUGGAGGGCGAGGGGCAGGCGCCAGGGGACGGGCAGGAGGAUGACGCCUUGGAGGCAGAGUCCUCCCUGGAGAAGCACGCCCGGAGGAGGAAGCGGCCUCCCGUGAGGCUGGUGCCCAAGGUCAAGUGCGAGAAGGCGGAGGCAGAGGACGAGGUGCUCUACGAAGUGUCCGUCCCCGGGGACGAGGAGGGCGAGCAGCAGCGCAGCCACCCGCCGCCCCUCCAGGACGCCGGCCAGGAGCAGACGGUGCAGAGCAGCGCCAUGAAGAUGAUCGACCUCGGCGCCUUCGGCAGGAAGCCCCGGCGCCUGCGGCACCUGCGCCGGCACGCGCGCCAGGAGCUGGAGGGCACUGAGAGCCGCCUCGGGGGCACCGACCCGGCCGAGGGCGGCACCGCAGGGGCCCUGCGGACCGAGUGCGCCUUCGAGGCGGGCGCCCCGUCCCCCGGCGAGGUGGAGACCCCCGUGCCGGCGUCCCCCGAGCAGGUGAAGAGCGAGCAGGGCUUCACCUGGCAGGAGCCGGGGGAGCUGGAGGCGGAGGCGACGGGUGCCACCAGCGAGCGCAACAAGAAGGCGCAGCUGGACCGGCUGGACAUCAAUGUGCAGAUCGACGACUCGUACCUGGUGGAGGCAGGGGACCGCCAGAAGCGCUGGCAGUGCCGCAUGUGCGAGAAGUCCUACACGUCCAAGUACAACCUGGUGACCCACAUCCUGGGCCACAACGGCAUCAAGCCCCACUCCUGCCCGCACUGCAACAAGCUCUUCAAGCAGCCCAGCCACCUGCAGACCCACCUGCUGACCCACCAGGGCACGCGGCCCCACAAGUGCGAGGUGUGCAGCAAGGCUUUCACCCAGACCAGCCACCUGAAGCGGCACAUGCUGCUGCACACCGACAUCAAGCCCUACAGCUGCCGCUUCUGCGGCCGGGGCUUCGCCUACCCCAGCGAGCUGAAGGCGCACGAGGUGAAGCACGAGAGCGGCCGCUGCCACGUCUGCGUGGAGUGCGGGCUGGACUUCUCCACGCUCACCCAGCUGAAGCGGCACCUCUCCACGCACCAGGGCCCCACGCUGUACCAGUGCCUGGAGUGCAGCAAGUCCUUCCACUACCGCAGCCAGCUGCAGAACCACAUGCUGAAGCACCAGAACGUCCGUCCCUUUGUCUGCACCGAGUGCGGGAUGGAGUUCAGCCAGAUCCACCACCUCAAGCAGCACUCCCUCACGCACAAGGGCGUGAAGGAGUUCAAGUGCGAGGUGUGCGGGCGGGAGUUCACGCUGCAGGCCAACAUGAAGCGGCACAUGCUGAUCCACACCAGCGUCCGUCCCUACCAGUGCCACAUCUGCUUCAAGACCUUUGUGCAGAAGCAGACGCUCAAGACCCACAUGAUUGUGCACUCACCGGUGAAGCCAUUCAAAUGCAAGGUCUGCGGGAAGUCCUUCAACCGCAUGUACAACCUGCUGGGCCACAUGCACCUGCACGCGGGGAGCAAGCCCUUCAAGUGUCCCUACUGCUCCAGCAAGUUCAACCUGAAGGGCAACCUGAGCCGGCACAUGAAGGUCAAGCAUGGGGUGAUGGACAUCAGCCUGGACAGCCAAGAUCCCAUGAUGGACCUGGCCGGGGCUGAGCACGCCGAGCUGGACGGGCAGCAGGAGAUGGACGACUUUGAGGAGGAGAACUCUUACGGCUACGGGGGGGUGGGCAACCCUCCGGAUGAGCACGCCCUGACCGAGCAGGCCAUGAAGGAGAUGGCGUACUACAACAUGUUGUAGCCGAGGCUGGAGGAGGCUGCCGGGGGCCUGCGCGGACUUUGCGUGGUAAGAGGAGCUGCAGCCGGCGGGCUGCGGCACCCAGCCAGACCUGCACCACCGCCCCUGGAGGGGGGGGGGGCUCCGGCUGGGCUCGGUGAAGGAGAAAACAGGGAUAUCCACAAACCUUUGCCAGGGCAAAGGCGCAGGAGCGGAGGCUGGAGGCGGCACAGGGCAGUGGUUGCUGCCUGCCACGGGCACGCCGAGCUGGUGCCGCGAGGGCUCGGCUCCAAGCUGCUGUCAGACCCUUGCAGAGCUCUCGCCAUCGCUGGGGUCCUUCCUUCCCUCCCUCCCACCCCCCCAGAGAGGGAGCGCUGAGCUGCGCGCCGGCUGCCUGCAGCUCUCCUGCCCGGCACUGACCUCACCUCGCUCUGCUCCUGCCUGCCUGCCUGCCUGCCCCACGGCGCGGGGGCGAGCCAGGACCCUGCCUCUCUUUACCCUUGCCAGCGUCAAGCGUAAUUGAAGCUGUGGGCAGGGGAAGGCACGUCCCAGAAGAUGAUGAGCAUUACUAAUUAUUCUACCUCCUGGACCCUCCCCACGGCUGUGCUGGGGCUGCAGCCCGGCCGGCCCCUGCUCCCCCUCGAGUGCCCCGUGGGGCGGAAGCCCCUCUGCCCGUGCGAAGCGGUGGGUUUGCGUUUCUUGCUCUUCCCCGUCUCCCGGGCAGGCAAGAGCCGUCCUGCUUGCUCUGGCACCGGCUGCGUGCUGGCACGGGCAAAGCUGUGGCAACCUGCGCGAGGCCACAGGGCACAUACAAAACAGAAUAUUUUCUUACAAACUAAUGGCAAAGCUCAGAGGAAGCAGCGGCUCUGAGUAUGGAGCAGCUGUAGCGAGCGGUGUAUUUAAAGGAAGGCAAACCCUGUUCAACUUGAGCAAAUGAUGGUAUUUUGAAAGUAAUUUAUUUUUUUCAGACGUGCCGCGUGGUUGGAUUUAUCUUUUCACUGAGUUCAGUUUCCUUCAACCAAUGUGCUUUGUAAA